AUGUUGUCGGUUUCAGGCGAGAAAAUUGAUGAAAAUGUUUCAAACGUGGACUAUUCAAGUGAAGCCUCAAAGUUAGUUAGUGAAGCGUAUUAUAAUGAUACAGCAAAUGGAAAAGUCGAAGCUACAUCGAUUACCAAUAAGAUUUUCACUGGAUUGUUUAAGAUUCUAGGUUUUGAUAGUGAGAAAAUUGGAGCUAUUGCUGUUAACGGACUUAUAUUUUUGGCCCAACUAUUGGGAACAUCUUUAUUAAGCAAUACAUCUAGAGCGUACGAAGUCAAAGAAAUCAAAAACCUCAACUUAGAGACUUUAAUACCGAUCGAACUUGGUAAAAUAACGAAUCAAAGUCUCACAGAAUAUGUGAUGGAAUACGUAAAAGAAAGAUUGGAUGACGAUAAGAACGGAUGUGUGCAAUUAUUAAUUUGCAAAAUUGCUCCAUUUGUUUGGAAAAUGCAAAAUUACUUUUUUAAUAAUGAUACGAAUAGUGAGAACGAGAAUAUUAUAUUUUCUUUUCUUCCUUCCAGAGCUGAAUUAUUGGAGCAGAGUCAAGCAUGUGGAAAUAAAUACAUUUGUUCCUUAUAA